ACACCGGACUCUUUCAUCAAUCUCAGAGAAUCGUUCCGUUCGCUCCUCACGCGCCCGCGUUAUUAAAAGCGCUCGCGUCGUGACUCUCUUCGUUUACCUUUAAAUGGAAAACCUUUGAGCGACGCCGUGAUUGGUCCGCCUGGCUGUCAAUCACUCGCGACGGGGCGGAACCCUCGGGCCGCUGUUACUGACUGGAACCCAUCCGCGGAGCAGCGCUCGUCGAGAUCCGAACAGUACCAACAGAACCGAGAAAUGGACUUAAAAGCAGCAUAAUGUCGGAUUCGUGAGGCUCUGGAGCUCGUGAAACACCGAUCGAUUGUGUUUAAUGAGGAGGACCUCGAUGUUACAGGAAGCGGGGGAGGGAAGAUCCGCAGCGACGCGCUAUUUUUAUCGUUAUAUAUUAUCUGGACUCGGUAUGAGCUAAAGUAACGCUACCGUCUCAGUCUGUGUGCCUGUGGACCUGUCCUUCAACCGGAAUAAACGGCUGUUACCGGACACAAUCGCGCUGGCGGACGGAGCCGCAGGGCAACCCUAUGCCAUGGAUUUAAAAACUGCUGUUUUCAACGCCGCCCGAGACGGCAAACUGAGACUCCUCCAGAAACUCUUAGAGAACAAGAACGAUCACGACGUCAUGAAGCUGAUGGCGGAGAAGACCAACGGAGCGACGCCGUUACUCAUGGCGGCGCGGUACGGUCACCUGGAGCUGCUGGAGUACCUGAUCGAGUGCUGCUGCGCGCCUGUGGAGGUCGGGGGCUCGGUGAACUUCGACGGCGAGAUCAUCGAGGGAGCGCCGCCGCUGUGGGCCGCCUCGGCCGCCGGACACCUGAAAGUCGUGCAGUCUCUGCUGGGACACGGCGCCUCUGUGAACAACACGACUCUCACCAACUCCACCCCGCUCAGAGCCGCCUGCUUCGACGGACACCUGGAUAUCGUCAGGUACCUGGUGGAGCACAAAGCGGAUCUGGAAGUGGCCAACAGGCACGGACACACCUGCCUCAUGAUAUCAUGUUAUAAAGGACACAAGGAGAUCGCACAGUACCUGCUGGAGAAAGGAGCCGACGUCAACCGGAAAAGCGUGAAAGGUAACACGGCUCUACACGACUGCGCUGAGUCCGGGAGCCUGGAGAUCAUGAAGAUGCUGCUGAAGUACGGCUCCACUAUGGAGAAGGACGGUUACGGGAUGACGCCGCUGCUCUCGGCCAGCGUGACGGGACACACCAACAUCGUGGAUUUCCUGACGCAGCACCCUCAGACGAGCAGAACGGAGCGCAUCAAUGCUCUGGAGCUGCUGGGGGCCACGUUCGUGGAUAAGAAGAGAGACCUGCUGGGAGCGCUGAAGUACUGGAAGAGAGCCAUGGAUCUGCGGCACAGCGACCCCAACCACGUGCUCCUGAAGGACGAGCCCAAGCAGCUGGCGCCGGCCUACGAUUACAGCAGGGAGGUGAACACGUUCGAGGAGCUGGACAGCCUGAUCGCUGACCCCGACGACAUGCGCAUGCAGGCGCUGCUGAUCCGAGAGCGCAUCCUCGGGCCCUCGCACCCGGACACGUCCUACUACAUCCGCUACCGCGGGGCCGUCUACGCCGACUCGGGCAACUUCGAGCGCUGCAUCAAGCUGUGGAAGUACGCUCUGGACAUGCAGCAGAGCAACCUGGACGCGCUCAGCCCCAUGACGGCCAGCAGCCUGCUGUCCUUCGCCGAGCUCUUCUCCUUCAUGCUGCAGGACCGAGCCAAGGGUCUGCUGGGGACCUCCGUGUCCUUCCAGGAGCUGAUGGAGAUCCUCAGCAAGAGCGUGCUGGAGAUCGAGCGCGCCAUCAAGCAGCCGCAGCCCGGCCCGGACCCAGCGCAGCUCAGCAAGGUGCUGUCCAUCAUCCUGCACCUCAUCUGUCUGCUGGAGAAAGUGCCGUGCACCGUGGAGCAGGACCACUUCAAGAAGGAGACCAUCUACAAGUUCCUGAAGCUGCAGGCCUGCGGGAAGAACGGCUUCAGUCCGCUGCACCUGGCCGUGGACAGGAACACCACCUGCGUGGGCCGCUACCCCGUCUGCAAGUUCCCCUCCUUCCAGGUCACGUCCAUCCUGCUGGAGUGCGGCGCUGAUGUGAACUGCCGCGACGAGGACGACAACAGCCCUCUGCAUGUGGCUGCGUCCAACAACCACCCCGACAUCAUGAACCUGCUGAUCUCCUGCGGCACACACUUCGACAGCACCAACUCCCUCAAACAGACGGCCUGCGACCUGCUGGACCAGAAGGAGCUGGCCAAGAACCUGAUCCAGCCCAUCAACCACACCACGCUGCAGUGUCUGGCGGCGCCGCUCAUCAAACACGGCCUGGUGUACCGCGGGAACAUCCCCGAGCGGCUGGAGGCCUUCGUGCUGCUGCACAGAUAGUGCUUCGCUCCGAGCCCUGCUGCGUUUCUUCAUCGCCUUUGCUUCCUCCAUGCAGAGACGGUCGGAGCGGGGGUUCGGUUCUGUCCAGCAUUAGGGCCAUAGAUCGAUGCUGAUUCUGAGAUCUUCCGAAUGCAUCUCGACUCUCUCUGGAAUCGAUUCUGAGUGUAGAUUUUAACAGCAGACGGCGCUCUACUCUAGUUUUCAUGAAGAAGAGCUGAAAAGCACUCUCUGUAAUUUCACCUGGGCUCAGAAUGACUUUAAUUUAAACACAGCCCACUGUGAACACCCGUGUGAUUCACUUCAACCUUUUUGAAUUUAAUGAAUGAUUGUUUUAGGUUCGAGUGUGUAAGGAUUUGGAGACGAGCAGAGUACGGCUGUUUAUAAAGCAUGCAGUGUUCAAAACGAAGCUCAGAAUCGACUCGAGAAAGAAUUUGGGAAAUCUCAGAAUCGAUGCGGAAUUUUUUCUCGAUUCGCGACGCAUCGAUUUAUCUUCCCAGCCCUGCUUGAUGUUUGCCGAUACCAUAAGUGCUUUUAUUCUUCCUAUGCACAGGCUGUUAUAUGGGACUGUUCUGUGUUUCUGGAUUGUGUUCAUGCGAAUGCCUGUUUUCUGUCCUCUUCUCCUCUCUGUCUCCUGAUCCGAUGGUGGAACGGCCUGCUCGAGGAAACACGUCUCUAUCGAAUGUUUAAUCUUUGAACCCAAACCAAACCUCCCGAGUGUUGUUGCACAGCAUGUGCUGGUGUUUAGCAGUUCACCGUCAGAUGUACAAACCAGUGCCCGCAUCAGCAGCUCUGCGUUUGUGAUGAUGAUGAUGAUGAUGAUGAUGGGAUCUUCAGCUCUGCGUAGUUUAAGUUCAGCUUUAGCUACAUUUGUGUGGUUUGAACUCAAGGGCUUUAGAUUCUUCUACAGGCACAAUACACUAGUAAAUGAAACAGAUGUACAGUCAAAGGACUUGCACUUUAUUGCAGUGAAAUUUGAUAUUCAUAUUAUGAUAGCAUAAAGCUUGUUGAUGUCUAUAGAGCAUAAUUGAUAAUAAACCUCUGCUGCACUCGA